AUAUCGAUAGUUAGUGGUUGGUUAUUGUAAGUUAGUCAUGGGUGCAUUGUUUGGGAAAUCUAGUAAAAAGACAGCUCCAAGUCGCAUUACAGAGCAAGACAAGGCCGUCCUGCAAUUGAAGCAACAACGGGAUCGUCUGAAGCAGUACCAAAAACGCAUCGAGCUACAGCUGGAAAAUGAUAGAUUGCUCGCAAGGAAGUGCCUGCAGCAGGGUAGAAAAGAUCGCGCAAAGCUCCUGCUGCGCAAAAAGAAAUACCAAGAAAGUUUGCUCACGAAUGCAGACAAGCAGCUCGAAAACUUGGAGAAGUUAGCCUCCGAUCUGGAAUUCGCACAGGUGGAAAUGAAGGUGUUGGAUGGCUUGAAGCAAGGAAAUGCUGCUCUGAAAAAGGUGCACGAUAUGCUGAGCAUAGACGAGGUCGAGCGUAUAAUGGACGAAACACGAGAAGGCAUCGAAAAGCAACAGGAAAUAGAUGCUAUCCUAACGGAUGUGCUGACCACACAAGAUGAGGAAGAUGUGCUCGCCGAGCUCGAUGCCCUGGAGGCUGAGGAGCAAAACAUUCAAUUGCCGGAAGUGCCCAGUGAUGAGCUGCCAGCUAAGGCAGCCGAGGACGAUGUGGAGGAACUGGGGGAUGACCAGGAACAAGAGCCAGAGAAAGCUGCAACCAAAGCGAGCAAAACGAAAGCAAAGAAGAUACUAGUGGAGGCCUAGACGUUAAAAAUGCCAUUUUCUUUAUUCAACUAAGCUUAAAGGUUUUUUUAUAUAUGUAUUUGUACAUAUAAUCUGUAUAUGUCGCGA